GGCCCUUAGUCUCGCAUCGGCAGCAUCCGCGACAUCAUCUUCUUCUUGUGAAGCUCCUCAUAAUAAUCAGAGAUAAUCAUCGAGUCAAUUUUGAAGUGUUUUCGUCACCUCCGGACAAGAGUCUUCCAUCGGCCGUGCCCAUUUUUGCGACAAGAAUUCUCAUCUCUCGACGACGGAGCAUCUUUCGAUUUAGUUCAUUUUUUAAAAUGUUGAAAAGUUUUCUCUGUUUUCGAGAGACGGAAGUCUUGCACAAGAAAUUUGAAAAAAACAGGUCGGUGGGACUUUCGUCCGUGUGUGAUGCACUUGACAACACCGCGCCAUUUUAUUUUUAUUAAGUAUUUUUACUUUUAUAAUUUUAAAAUAAUUUUUGGUUUUAUUUUUUGAAUAUUUGAUUUGUUUAAAACGGAAUUGCACUGGGGCGGUGGCGCCCCAGUGGAAAACGAUUCGUAUCGCAACAUUGACACGUUGCGCCAUCUCAAGUUGAGAAACAGCUGAUUCAGCUUCCGGCCUCCCGCAACCAGCCACUUCAUCAGCUGUGUGUGUAUGUGUGUGUGUUGCUGGCGAUAGGGAAAGAAAAAACCCGUUAAAUGGGCAAAAGAUAAGCCCCAAAUCGACUCUUGAUUCUAUUUAGUUCAGUCCCUGUCAUAUCGGGGAAAGCAGGGGCCAUCUUGUUUGACGUUUCAGGCUGAAUUUACAGGCGACAGCUGGAGAGAUCUUGCAGUGCAACAGGUGUCCAAGGCCAACAGGAAAUAAACAGUUGAUCAAACAGGUGGUGAGGUGUCUUCUUCUCUGAUGAUGAAUGCGAGCGCAAGUCCUACCAAUGAGUACCUGCACCAUCAGUAAACGUAUUUGCCAAGAUGACGAAACCCCCUACCCCGCCACCAGCUACAACUCUUGCUGGGAGUGGGUGGCCUCUUUGCCCGGUGACCAAGACAAUGCCAACCUGAAUGCAGAUUGCAGUCCCAACAACGAACCCAUUUUGGCUGGUAGUGAUUUUAUCGUCAGGAAAAAAGGUAUCCUCGGACUCCACAAUGGUGGAGGUAAACACAAUGCAGCAGACAUUUAUCAGUUGGCCCAGGCCACGAGGAAAGCCAGGGACAGACCAUCGGUGGUUUCUGAAGGGCCCAGGGAAAGGGUCAGCCAGGACAGAUCUUCAAUGCUCCGUUCGGCGUUUGCAGCUCAGCGUUUGGACAAGACCAAUUCGGAAGGAACUUUCUCUUUCGAUUCGUCCACGAUGGAUGCGUUCGGAGUGUGCGAUGACGAGUACAGCCUUCCAUCAGCUGAAGAACUUCUCUUGCAGAUGGGAUUUGGUGGGCCAUCCCAAGGACUAGACAGGGUACCCGAACGUUUCCUCCAAUCAUCUCAGAUGCGUGGUGUUGAUAUUGAACAGUUUUUCUUAACCCAACAAGAAUUAAACGACACGUUUGAAACGGGUUCACUCGGUUACAGGGGACUGGCCGGUCCUCCGACACGACGGCCUUCCGGAAUUGUGGCCAGAUUAUACGAGCGGAUGCUGCGGAAGAGUUCCGGGCCGACGAUAUGCAGCAGUUUUGAAAAUCCUCCUGGAUCCAACCACCCGAUGGAGCCACUCACUUUGAAACUGCCCCAGCCGGAAGUGUUGAUCGAGUCGGAAGAAUCAGCCGUCACGCCCACCAAUAACAAUCAGGGCGCUUACAAUUUCAACACUCAAUCGGGGACGAUGAUGCCGCCCAGCGGAUCGCACAAUUCCAGUCUGGCCAGCUCGAGAAGGUCCAGUUUGCGUCGACAGGAGUGUGUCGACGAGGAAACGUUGGCAUCCGCCGAGCCGGCCGAAGAAAUUCUCUGCCAGCAAUCGGAGCAAAGUAGCGGAUUCGUUAGUGGUCGAAUGCUGGCCAACGCCUCGCAAGUCUUGCCCACCGUCUACGUGACUCCUCCCCCGUCUACAAUUUUCUCACAGGCCAGUCUGGACAUGCCGGAAUCGGUCACUACUCACGAGAUUGACCCUAUCAUCUCUGUGCUGCAAUUGGCUGCCGAGGCGUACCGGGUCCGGAUGGCCACCGCUCCACUUGCCCAGGAACUUCCUCACGAAGAAGAUCCUUGCGAUUGGAAUCACAAUCUGGAAGACGUCAAGGAAGAGUUGCGGGGCGAGCUGGAUAAAACGGACGAUUUACUGCAGAGACUCCAGCAGCGUCUGUCUCACGCCCGUUCCAUCCAUCAAACGUACGACUCGUCUGCUCUCCGCGGCGUCCUGACGGACAUGACGACUUUGCUCCAGCAGCAACAGCGUCUCUACCGUCGAGUCAACCAAAUGAGAAACGACUCGCUGGAAACUGUCCAGCACUUUCACGUCAAUCACCACGAAUCCGUCAUCGAUCCAGCGAAAACAACGACAUCCCUUCCGGCGGAAGAGUCUUCUAGUCUGCUCAAAUCGAGCGCCAACGUCUCUUCCUCCUCCCCAUCCAGCGACGACGAUGAAGAAGAAAUAAUUUUUCCUUCCGGAAUCCAUUCACGUCUGUGGAUGAAAUCCUUUGAGCGCCGACUGACUACCCACAUUCGUAAAACGAUCCGGCAAGAAUUGCGUCGAGUCCGACCAUCAGCUACUAGAAUAACGGCACGCUCAAAGUUAAAAAAAUAAUUAUAACCCAUCAAAUUAUCAAAUUUUGCACAAUUUUUUCUAUAAUCAUGUUAGGAAUUCUUUUUCAAUUAUUUAAAAAAUAUAAUUAUGGUUCGCGUUUUUUCCUGCUUCCACAAAAAUAA